UUGAAAUUUACAGAUUCCCAAUUGUGAGCCCAUCUCAACUGGUACGAUGGGCUUAUUAAGCAAGCGGUGCAGCAAGGAGUCCGAAACCAGCAACAGUCAUUUCACGUUAAACCCGUCUUGCGGCUCCUGGCUUCAGUAUACAGAGCAGUAACUGGGUGUGACCUACUGUUUGGGGUCACGGAAGGCAGACGGCACCCUGGAUUGUUCUCCAGUCAACCACCAGCCGCAUUUCGACAACGAUAACCAUUCACCUCAUUGAAUGGGAUUUGAAAGCCACGUUUGCCCCCACCAUCAGCGAGUGUGCGAUUAUACUCAACAACCUCAACUACACUUGUCAAGUCUUGUGUGUCUGCCCUCGUGUGGAGUGUCCAAGCUCCAGCAGGAGACCCGCCCAUGCGCAGCAGACUGCAUACAGCUGACAGUCCGGCCCGACAAAGGCUCAUCGGUGACGGUGUCAAAUGGCCUGCCCUCGGACGAGUGUACAGUGUGCACAGUCGGCGGGGUCAAUGACACGCAAACGUCGUGCUUCUCAAUUCUUGCUCUGGAGCCCGAGAAGGAGGUUGAGCUGCUCUUCAACUGUCCCGUAGAACAGUCUUACAUCGUCACACUCAAUCAGCUCAUCGAAUGCACAAAGGACACUUGCAACCCCUCAACAGUGGAAACUCAACCCUCCUUCCUUAGCGAGUUCCCACGAACAUUCAUCUGGACCAUCAAGGCGCCUGAGAAGACAGUGGUGGGAUUGGAUGUCCUCGGAGAGGGACUGCGGGAAACGUCACAGCCGUGCAAUAACGGAUAUCAAUAUUCGGUGACCACGUUCGAAGAGAACAGCAAAGCGGUGGCUCGCUACUGCAAAGUGGGUUCCGUGACCCAUUUAGACCUGCUCGAUCAAGCUGUUGUCUCUCUGCAAGUUACACCAAAGACGCCGGUGGAGUCUGUGGUGUUCCAGGCCUCUGCUGGACCACUAAAAGGCCGGACGGUGGUCGUGACCGUCGAUUCCGCCACGACUCUGACGAUCAGCAGGUUCUCGCAGGAGCCGCAGUGCGAGCUGUGUACCGGUGCCGACUCGGCCCGUACCUGCAGCCAGACCGAAAAGAGCUUGACUGACGUCCAAAGUCUCGCGCUGGAGUUCAGCUGCCUCAAACCUCAAGAGGCAUACAGCGUAGAGGUGAAGAAGACAAUCGAAUGUACCAAGAGCUCAUGCGCACCUGCCGCAGGAGAGCUCAGUCCAAACCUCUGGAAGGACUUCAAAAGAACCCUAAAAUGGGACAUCAGCGUCCCGGAGAGGACCGUCUUGACCUUGGAGCUGCCUCGCGACAACCUGAAGCAGAUAGCCGCGCAAGACAAAUGUCAAGGAGGCCCACAGUACUCCGUGAGCACAACAAGAAGCAACGGGCAGAUCAAGACCAACAGAUACUGCAGAGGCGGGCCGCUUUCCCGUCUGGAUCUCCUCGGGAGGACUGCCGUGACCGUGGAGGUGCCCGCAGGAGAAGAAAUGGACAGGACGAUUUUCACAGCCAAAGCAGCACCCAGAGCUGGCAGGAUGCUGUCUGUGACCCCUGACCCGGAAACCAUCAUUAUUAUCAGCAGGGACACGGUCGAACCCGACUGCAGCGUGUGUGUGGACAAACCGCCCAAGCAGACAUGCGAUCCCAAAAUUCGAAUUCUGAGAGAAUCCCGUAACACGUCUGUGGAGUUCACCUGUCCUCACCCCGAAGAGGUCUUCACUGUGGAGAUCAACAGAGAAAUCGACUGCACGGCGACUUCCUGCUCUGGCGAUAUUGUCCAGGCUGAGUCGUCGCUGUUCCCGGACUUCAACCGGACUUUCACCUGGGAUCUGAAAGUCGGUUCCACUCGGGCCUUCCAGCUGGACUUUCCCGAGCCGGGAAUGCAGCAGAUCGCCAAUGACGAGACGUGUCCCGAUGAGCACACAUACGUUCUUGUGACUUACCUGCGAACGGGCCCUGCCGACAUCGGAACUUUCUGCAAGGGGGGUUCUGUGACGAGUAUCCAGGUGCGCUACAAGGGCCGCGUCUCUCUCCGGGUGCCAAGAGACCGAAAGAUGGAUCCGGUUAAUUUUAAACUCAGCGUUGGGCCGGAGACCAGCAUGGUGGCCAUUGUGAAAGUCAACCUACCACGAGGCGUCUCCAACACGACCUUCAUUUCCGCCAACUACCCCAACGAUUUCCCCGACGACCAACAGAUGCGCUGGGACUUCGCCGUGCCCGGCAUGCACAACUACACCGUCCAUUUUCACAGUCACACGGCGCCGGAGUGCCUCGGCAAGAACGUGGGCGUGGAGUACGGGAAACGGGACGGGAAGUUGAUCGAGACGGGUCUAACGGACAAGCAGCCGGAGCAUCAGCAGGGCGACUUUGAAAUGGUGCUGAAGAACUGUGAAACCAACAGGACGUUGCAGGGACUCACUUUGAAAUACAGUGUGUCCGUUAUGAGGAGUGGUCAUCCAGUUCUGUGCACGGUGGACCUGAGCAAACACCCCAAAGUGUCCCUGCAAAUUGAAAAAGUGGGUUCUGAUGCCUAUUGCGAGAUGAGCGUGAACGCUGAGGUUUUAAAAAAGGUCAACGUGGCUGCCGGCAGCAAGGCCGAGCUCUCCUUCCUCGAUUGUCCCAAUGAAGAUUUGCAAUUGACCGCUAGUGAAGUUAUUGCUUGUCAUAAUGUGGCUUCGUGCUCCGAGACCCUCCUCACUGUCCCCCCGUUGGAUGCCUGUCUCCGGAUGCCCCUCCACAGCUUUACUUGGCACCUCAACAUCCCCCAGGACCGCACCAUCGAUCUCGUGUCCCCAUCGGGAAGUCUCCAACAAUCGGUGCCAGGCCAGGAGUGCAACGCUACCGUCUCCUUCCACGUGGAGGAGAGCGAAGGCUUCUCUGUGGGUGAUUACUGCCCCGACGGGAACAUCCAGAAACUUCAGGUGCACGCCAACAUCUCCGUCACGGCGACGACGCGAGACUUCGGCAAGACGAAAGGGCCUUUUCUCAACGUCACCUUCACGAAAGAGAUCCCGGAGACCAUCAUUUAUCAAGUCAACCCACAUACGUCCUCCCCAAACCUGCUGACCACCCCCAACUGGCCCAGAGGAAUGAGGCCUUCGUCCACCGUGUCCUGGAUCGUGUCUUUGCCGAGCGGGUACAAGGCGCAGGUCCAAUUCGUCAACGUCAGCCAGCCCAAAUGCAACGACAGACACACGGCCAUCAAGGUCAAGACGCUGGACUCCGAGGAAGAGCUCCUGACCCGCCGGGAGGACGAGAAGACCGACGACAAGUUGCUGGUGCCGCACAGCUUCUAUCUUAACAUGUCCAACUGUAUACCGGAAAGUGGAAACUUUGGGGCAGUCACCAAAAUCGUUUUAGAGCCAAAAACCGGCCUCUUAGCCAUCCUUCUUGGGAUCGCGGGAGCCCUUCUUCUUCUCCUCAUCAUCUUAGCUGUAGUCUGCUUUUUUGUAAGGAAAAAGAAAAAAGAGCGCAUGAACAAGGAGGCGUCCAUCUACCUCGGCACAGGGAAUAUGUUCCGUCCCAGCAAAAGACAGUUCAGCAAAUCGCGGUCGGACAACGAGUCCCACGUGUACGCCUCCAUAGACGAGACCAUGAUGUACGGUCACCUCCUGGGGGAAACGAGCUACGCCGAUAGCAUGCAAGACCAUUUCAAAGGAAUGCAGUUGGACUCCUACCAAACGUUCACGGGCCCCUCUGAGCUGCCCGUCAUCAACGAACCGGAAGCGGAGCCCGAGGUGGACACCUUCAAUACGUUCCUGGACCGCUCCCAGUCGUUCAUCCCGCCUCGUCCGCGCACGCCAAUCGACCGGCAGGACAGCUUGGGGUUCCAGGACCGCCGGAUGGUGGACAAUGAACUCUACACGUUCAAAAACACGGGCGAGAUGAACACCAUCCGACUGUCCGGUGCCGACAUGGAACCGGAACCACCGACAUCGGAGGAGUACUUGAAAGACUUUACACUGCGGGAUGAUGAUGAUGAUGAUAAAUGAUGAUGAUUCCUGUUACUUCUCAGAGAGGGGAACUUCUGUGCCUCAGUCUCGCUCAGGGAAUUGAGUUGAAACGUUUUUGUUUGUUUUGUUUUUUUUUAACUUGAGCUUCAUCAGAAUUUUCAAAAAGCUUCCGGAAGAGGUGCUGAGAACUUAUUUUUGUGCCCUCAAAAAAAAAAUCCUUUUCUAUUUUUUCAGUCUCUGCCCAUGUGGUUUGGAUUUGGAUUGUUUUUAGUCUGUUUUUAUUUACCUGUAGUUUUUUUUUUUUUUUUCUAACAAUAAAUUUUAAGGAAAAACUG